CUACGCGCCUCCUACAUUAUAGUUCUGUUACAUCUAGGUUCCUCUGAUACAACGUUUGCCAUCACGGGUACCACCACGAAUCUUUCAACUCAAUCUCCUUCGGCAUUUUAGACGGACUUGAGAAAUAGGCCUACGUCAGACGCCUGACUUCAUCGGAAAGUUUUCUUCCAUAAUUGUUUGGAUUUACUUACCGAUCUAAAAUCUCUACUCAGCGAGGAAAAUUACUUAAAGCUGCUUGGCCGCUUGCUCGGAGAUGAGGGGCAACGGCAGUUUUUAGACCUAUACCUCCAGGGACACAAAGUAGCCGAUGAUGCACUCAAAGCACUUGAUCGCAUUUUGGGCUCCAAAAUGAACCUGAUAAAUGAAAGGUACAUCUUCUACCGAAUGCAACAGGAGCCAGGUGAAUCUCUGAAUGCUUUUACUACUAGACAUAGUCGUGCAGUGCGGCCUUGCGAUUACUAUUCUAUUCCGCAGCACAAGAUCGAAGAAUGCAUGCUGACGCAACAGUUGGUCUCUGGAGUUGCUGAUUACCGUACACGUGAAAUGUUGCUGCAGAAAGAAUCCCGAACUCUGGCCUGGGAUCGAACCUGCGCUUUGGCCAGAAUGAAUGAGGUUACUUUGCAGGCGGAAGAGUUUUGUGUAACUAAACUGAUUGAGGUGGCAAAGACACAGUCCAUUCAUCCCUUACCGGAAACUAAACCAUCCUGAUACCGCUAUGGUAGCACCUCCCACAAGGCCAACUUCUCUUGUCCAGCCCGCAGUCUCACAUGCAAAAUCUACGGAAAUAUUAGACACUGCUCACUGUUGCCGAUCCCAACGCACAGGACUCCUUUUCCAUCACGACGUAAUCGAUUCAGCCGAGCAACAUGUUUAACCACUCACAGCUGAUGUCAGC